GGGGGAGGGAAUGCAUGUGAGAUGUACUUUCAGGAGUCAGGGACAGAGCAUUGUCACCAGCAGGAGCGGACUGACAAUUCAUGGGGCCCCCGGGCAAUAGGGGAUCAUGGGGCCCUGUGUCCUUGCCCAAACUCAAAAAAGCCUAUGAAAAAGGUACCAGGGGCAUCCAUGGGGCCCCCUACUGACCCCGGGCCCUUGGGCAGUGCCCGAGUUUCCAAAUGGUCAGUCCGCCCCUGGCCUGAACAAGGAUAUUCAUGCCAUGAUAACCAG